AGAGGCAAGAUGGCGACAGGCAUGGCAGGGAAGAAAACCAUUGUUAUCUCAUCUGUGCUGCUCCAAAUUCUUUUGUAUCUCUCAGCAGCUUACAGUGUGUUGUAUUUCAUAUGCACACUCUUCAUGAUCAUCUACAAAACCCAAGUGUUGAGUUAUCCUGAUGGUCAGCUCGCUCUGGAUGUAUGUCUGCUGUUUCUUAUGGCUGGUCUGGAGUACCUGAGAAUCUACUGGGGUGUCAGGGGAAACUUACAAGAGAGCGAAGGCUACAUGGGUUUAAAUCUGAUCACCACAGGGGCCACGGUGCUCUUGGCACUUUAUUACAUCCUAUGGCAGUCAUACGUGCUGCGAGCUGACAUUAUCAUUGGCGCCAUUCUGAUCUGCUUAUAUGGCAUUACAGGAAUUGUGGGGUUUGGGACUCUGGCACGCUUCACCAGUGCUUAUUCCUGACACUGACAUCUGUAAUCACAUCUUCAUGGGUACGGCUGCAAUUCGAUGGACUACAGAUCCCACAAUGCACCACGGCAUCUGCUAUACUCAAGUUAUGAAGCCAUAAGGUGCCAGAUAUUGGUUGCUAUGCAACAAAGUAUUAUUUUACUGUCUGUACUUGUUAGAGCCGAUGAAAAAUUUGUGUUUGUUUGAACUGUUUUUGUAAAAUAAAUUUAUUCACUUUAAGUGUUUAAUUAUCAAGUGAUAAAUAAAAUGAAAUGUUAUCAGUAGCAUUAAUUAGAUUUAUGUAGAUCAGUAAUCAGUAGCAUUUGAUAAGGUUAGCAUUAAUACUACUAUUGGUAAUUCAUGUAAGGGAUUUAUUCAAACCAUAAGUAUUGUAAAACUCAUAGCAUGUGCUUGCUUUGUAAAAAAACCCAUAUGUGUUUAAUAAACACACAAAAAAAACGUAUGGACAUCGGUUGCACGUAAUUAAAUUUUAUAAUGAACAUAAAUUUAAUUUUUUUAAUGAAAACUGGUGUACAUAAUUAAAUUACGUUUUUUUUUAAUGAAAAAUAUUAAGAAAACGUGUGCAACUGGAAAUAUUUUUCAGUGUAGAAUAAACGAUAAACAUAUAUGAAAUAUUAUAUAUACAAAAAUUAUUAUAGAUUGUGUAAAUCCAAUCACAUUUAUGUAAUGUUUUUUACAAUGUUGCAUGAUAUUAUAUACAAGUAUAAAAUAUAGUUAGCAUUACAUUUAUAUAUAUAUAUUAGCUAUAUAUUAUUAGCUUAUUGCAAACCAUUGCUAUAGGAUUAUUGCAAUAUGCACAUUUGCAAUAUUGCCGAUAUAUCUCGCAGCCCUACUGAGGACCAAAAUAACAUAACAUAAAAAGUUCAGUGUGUGCAAUAUGGUCAAAUUUGGAUUUUCUGGUAAAUUAGGCUUUUCAUUAUCAACAUCUGAUUAUCUUUAUGGCAGUUUAAUACAGUGUUUGGUUUCUCCAGUAGGGGGCGUAUACCCAGCAUGUAAUUUGUUUGAUAGAAGUGUCACAGUGUGUUGUACAUUGGUGAUUUAUUGGUUGAAAAUCUUUCCCUUGUCAUAUUAUUUUUUGCUGUGAGAAAUGACCUAAGUGGCUCUAAGUUGACCCCUAUCUGUAAACUGUAAAUAUACCACAUGCAAAUUAGUCUUUGUUCUGUAUGGAGAUAAAUUGUCCGGUUUAAGCAGACCUCACUAUUUCACAUUACACCAUAACAAGUAGUAACUUUUGUGCUUUUUUUGUGUAACAUAUUUAACAGCAAUUUCUCUUUAUCUUCUUUCUCAGUUAAUCCUGAGAAAGUGAGAGUGUUCAGGUCUCUCAGUUUUGCCCUUUCCUGUUAAUUAUAAACCAAAAACUCAAGGUUCCCAAAGUCAAAUAUUUCACUGUCCCACGUUUACCAACCAGUCUGCAUACCAAUGGAUUUAAAUAUUUUUGUGCGUGUGUGUGCUUUAGAAAACAGGUCUUGUUUCUGUCGAGUUUCAAUUCGUCAGGAUGUUGUGAAUCUCUUCACACGUAUUGUAUGUUUAUGUGUGUUAUCAUUUUAAUAAUUAGGUGAAAACUCACCCAUCCUGAUUUAGGAUUAAACAGGAACAAGUUUGUUUUAAGGCCUGAGUCAUGCUUCACGUCCAGUGACAUUCAAACCUGUCCGAUGUUCCACCCUGUUGCUCCUCUUUCACUUUGUUUAAAACGCUCCCCUUGAUCAUACAGGGUUACAGAAUUGGACCAGUAACAAGAAUUUGCUUACUAGGCAGUAGGUUGGUAAAUACUCCUACAAAUGUUACCUAUAUAUAACCCUAGAUAACAUACAUAUUAUGGGUAACACUUUACAGUUUGGUUUUAAUAAUAAACAAUAGGUGAGUUGGCAUGCACAGCAACAUACAGUAUAAGACAAUUUUGUAUGUGUUUGUUAAUGUUAAUGUACAUCUUUUAUUUUAUUUUUUA